AUGUUCGCGAACGAAAAUAAGGAAAAUCAUGUUGAAGGAACAACUGAUGAAACUUUAAUAAAAUUACCUUCGUCAGGAUUAGUUCAAGAGUGGACGCCAGCAAAAGAUGUAAUAACAUCUGCAAAGGGUGCGAUUCCGAAAAAUAAUCCUCCUACACCGCAAGCGUAUAAGGCCUUAGCAAAAUACAAAAAGAAGCGAGAAGAAGCAGAAAGCAGGCUAGCUGAAGAGGAGCAAAAAAAACGGGAAUUUCAUGCAAAACCUAUGCCAAAUUUCAAAACUUGUCAUCAGAAAUUGGACGAGCAAGUAGUUAUUCAUUAUGUGACCGUACCAUUAACACCGAAAGUGCUUAAACAUUCGCAAGAAGCGCAGGAGAAAUUUAAAAAGAAAUUGGAAAACUUGAAGCGAGAAGAAGACGAAUUGCGAAAAUUUCAAUCGCGACCAGCGACAGUAUUAAAAACCAAACCAUUUAUCCCCGAGAAGAGUGAUGUCGCGGUAGAGCAGUGUCCGUUCAACUUGAGUAUGGAAAGACGUCUGCAAGAGCGUAAACAAUAUGAUGAAGCCUUACGCCGAAGACAAGAAGAGAGACAAAAACAAGAAGAAGACGAUCGAAAGAGAUUGGAAGAAGAAUUUGUCGAAGAAUUUCGAAAGGCAACUCUAUUUAAAGCUCAACCAUAUUCACGUGACAGGGACAUGGACGAAACCACUUAA